GUGUCCACUUUUUCCUUCCGGCAUCCAUCUAAGCGUCGGAAUCCUCUCCAGAAGGACGGACCAGCGGAGACGAUGUUGGCCGCCGUUACCGCCGUGACUGACAUGGCGUACGGUGAGCGCACGUUAGCAAUCUUCGGCCGGUGACUCUCGUUCUUCGAUCCUCCGACGUCGGUGGGUUUCUAUCCGCUGCGGCUGAGACGCGAUGCACCUGCGUCGAGGCUCGUCACAAUUCGUGCCGCCGGAUCCGAGUCGCGUGCGUAGAGUAAACUGAGGAGUAUCUCCACAUUAUGAGAUGAUGCUUAUUUUCUGAUAGAGUUUUCACUUCAGUUACAAGAGGCUGCAAGAGAAUUUGGAUCUGUCUGUGCUCUGGAAUUUUUCUCAUUCAGGAAGGACGGCUGUAGGCCAUUUGAGCUGGUGUAUCACAGUCUGUUUGAUGUUUCUCGGUCCAGCGAUAAUGAACGUGUCACAGAAAGCUUUCUAGUCCCAUAUGUUCACAUCCACCGCUGUGGAGACAAAAGGAAGUAAAUGCAGGUAAAAGGGCUAAAGGAGGCAAGCCACGGAAGCUGGUUUGCAGGAACAACAAUGGUGGUUUGUUUGAGACAACUCCUGAAGUGAUGCCACCAUACCCAACAUCCGAUUUAAUUCGGGACUUCUGCAGUGCCAUGAAUGCCAAGGAUGUGAAGAAACUAAACCUCCUUCUUGCAGAAGAUUGUUUAUUUAUGGACCUCAUCUUCUACAUGCCCUUUGGUGGAAAACAGAAUGUUAUAAACUUCCUCACCGACGUGAUGGAUGCGAUGGGACCAAAUGUUCGUUUUGCCAUUGACACAUUGACAGAACAGGAGAAGUUCACUGCUACUGUGUCAUGGCAUCUAGAAUGGAAAACGAAAGAGAUACCCUUCACCACCUGCUGCUUUUUCUUCGAGUGCGAACCAAAUCAAGGAAAGCUCUUCAUCAGGAAAAUUAUUGGACUGGAGGAACUUCCGGUGAAGCCUGGGGAGUUGGUUCUGAAAGUACUCAAGGGAGCCAGUUCAAUGUUCGACAACUUUCCCAUGGCGGCUGAUGGGUUGCUGCAGAAGAUGCAAGGCAGAGGUGGAGGAGGAGGAGGACUUCAAAUGCUUCUUGACCUUCUUGCCUCCAAGACAAAAGAUGAUAGACCCAAGAAAUGAAUAAUCAUUAUUCAUUACUACUCUUUUCUUUUGUUUACUUGUUGUAUUCGUAAGCUCAUCCCCGGAAAUAACAAUGUCUGGUUGGGUUUUACGCCCAUUUAUUCGGAAUUUUUAAUUAAUGCAUAAAUUCAUUCAGAAUUUAA